AUGAAAAAGAACAUCUGCUAUCGGCAACGAAGGAGAAAAGAAGCCUACGACGAUUGCGUACUCGAGGACUCCUUGACCCAAGGUGACUGGCACAUCGAGGAGGACCUAAACGUGGACUACGAGAUGCUGCUCAGAGGAUUACGAGCCUGUGCUGAGCGUGCCUCGAAGCCGCGCACGACAAACUUGGAUCGAAUUUCAAAGACCACCAAGGAAUUGUUGGAAAGAAGAAGGGCUUUGAGGCUUGAUCCGAAUGCAUCGCACAUUGAGGGGUUAGUAGCAAACACUAGCUGCAGAAAAGCGUUGCAGGAGGAUCUUCUGAAAUACAAGCAGAAGAAGAUUCUGAAAACAGCACAAAGAAGAACGAGUCUAAAGAAGUGCCGCAGUGAUCUCCGCGAAUAUAAUAUUCCGCUAGCAAGCUUGCUGAGCGAAGACGGGAUUCGCACGUCUUCUCGUCGUGAGAUGGAAGUAAUUACGGAGAAGUUCUACUCGAACCUUUUCCGUUCAUCAACUCCUGUGUCAAGCCCGAUCAUCCCCACUGGUGAAGCUCCGCCACGGAUUCUCCCUUCGGAAGUACGAGUCGCUAUCAAGAGCAUGAAAUCUGGCACAGCCCCCGGCCCUGAUUUUAUAUCAGCAGAAGUUCUUCGGGCUGGUGGCCAUCCGCUUCAUGUAAUCUUAGCAGCGCACAUGACAUCCUAUCUUCAGAAAGAAAGGAUCCCAGACCAGUGGAAGACCUCGCGAACCGUUCUUAUCCAUAAGAAAGGUGACCGAGAGAACCUUCGGAACUACCGUCCGAUAUGCUUACUGAGCGUGUUAUACAAAGUAUUCACCAAGAUCAUCCUCACGCGCAUAUCUAGGACGCUGGAUGAAGCCCAGUCUCAAAAACAAGCUGGAUUCCGCCAGGGAUUCAGCUUGUUCUUGUUCAGUUUGGUUCAGGGGGUUCAGCUGCUUGGACCACAUCCAGGCCGUAUCGUGGGUCAUAGAGGUUUGCAGGGAAUACCGCCUGCUCCUUGUUCUAACUUUCGUCGACUAUGA